AUGCACUCGCUGGUCGAGCCCAAUGCUUGGGUUGCGCUCAAGAUGCCAGCAGGAAACCUCAGAGUGCUCGAGAUAGCACCAAACACCACCAUCUCGCUGGGCAAAUACGGAUCUUUCCCAAGUAACCUGAUCAUCCACCGACCCUACCACCUCACGUACGAGCUGCAAGACAAGCAAGCCCCCGAGACCUUCAACCGUCUGCGCAUCGUGCCCGCCUCCGAGCUCUACAGCGACAUCCUGUCCUCGGGCGAGGUUUCGAGCUCCACCGGAGAAGCCACCCCGGUAAGCGAAGAUGCAGAGAACGCAGUGCCCACGGGGAUCGAGUACUCGCUCGUGGACCCCGACUCCGGCGCCGUAGUCGCUACCACCAACCGCGCCGAGCUCGAUGCGUCCGCGCGCCAGACGUUGACCAUGGAGGAGAUCGAGGAGCUGAAGAAGGAUGGGACGGAUUCGGGCAAGGACCUCAUCGCCAAACUUAUGCUGUCGCAUACGGCCAUCGAGCAGAAGACACAGUACUCGCUGGCCAAGUACAAGCUGCUGAAGACGAAAAAGUAUAUCCGGCGGUUCUCCGUGCUGCCGCUGGACGUGGCGCUGCUCGACCACUGGCUCGUCGAGGAAAAGGACCCGACGAGGGUCAUGGACAUGCGGGAGGAGAUGAUAGGGCUGUUGGGCUGCUGGGCGAAUGUGCACUUUGGUGGGGAGGAGCGUUGCAAAACGGACGUACUCACGACGGGGGGCCAGGAUGAAGUCGAACAAGAGCACGGCCAAGACCAAGAAGAGCAAGAACCGGAACAGUCGACCGGACGCUGGCUUGUAGUGGACGAUACGGGUGGCCUGCUAGUCGCAGCUAUGGCAGAAAGGAUGGGAGUGCUCUACCAAUCUGAGAAAGACAAGGCGAUCGAAGCGCAACGGAAAGCAAGGUUAUCAAAACAGCGUCCACAUGAGCCUGGCAGUCAGCCCACCGCUGCUACGGAUGGACAAUCUGAUCCUGCUAUAAAACCUGCUGUCGGGCAAGUCGAGUCGGAAAUCAAGGUCGAGAUUGAAGACCAAGACCCAACAAGGCCUCAGUCACCCGAGACAAAUAAGAAACAAUAUAACGGGGAGGGAAGACAACGAUGGAACGACCUACACGUGCCAUUCUCGCAAACCAACACACUGACACUGAUCCACGCCAACUCGCAGCCCAACCUGAGUACAUUGCGGUACUACGACUUCGACAUUACGAACCCGUCACAGGGGCAGACACAUCCCCUAGCGAAGCACUUGAUGACGCUAUCAUGGCUCCAGCUCCUGGAACCCCAACUCGAUAGCACCUACAACUCCGAGCUUCCCACGGCAACGCCAGACGAGCUGAAAACGUGGAAGGGCACCAAGCGGGGGACGUACCACCGCAAGCGCCGCCGCUGGGCCAAGGUCCGCCACACCAUCGACAGCACGCGUCAAGGCGAGUUCUCGGGGCUCGUGGUCGCAAGCUCCAUGGACCCCGUCUCUAUCAUGCGCCAUACGGUGCCCCUGCUGGCUGGUGGUGCGCCCAUCGCCAUCUACUCGCCGUCAGUCGAGCCGUUGACCAAGCUGGCAGACUGCUAUAGUGUAGCACGCCGCGCGGCGUGGGUGGCGCAUCCGCCUGAGGAGGCAAUAGGCAAGAGCAUCGAGGAGUUGGAGCAGUGGGCUGGAACAGACGAGUUCCCGUUGAAUCCUUCGCUUGUGCUGGGGGCGUCUAUACAGACGAGUCGCGUGAGGAAGUGGCAGGUUUUGCCCGGACGGACACAUCCGGUCAUGACCAGCAGGGGAGGGGCCGAGGGAUAUGUAUUUACGGCCUGGAGAGUGAAGCCGGCUGAGGGCAAGGUCGAGGCCAGAGGUAAGGCGCGACCGAAGAAGCGGAAGGCUGAGGAAGUAGACCAAGUUGGACAAGAUGGCACUGGAUCGUAA